CUUAUUUUUCUAUUCUCCAGCAGUGUACUGUGCAACCAUUGGUUCACGAAGAUCACUUCUUCAUCGGGUGUUGGAAACAAAGUGUCACGCUUCCUGACCCCUGGAAAGAGUUUUGAUUUUGGAUUUGUUUACACUGCGGUGGAGAUUUGAGAGUUGAACUCAGGAAAGUAGCGGAGCGGCAGCCGGAGGAGGAGGAGGAGGAAGAGGAGGGCUGUCGCGACUGAAGGUCCGUGAAGAAAGACACUUUCUCCGGUCGGUUGACUUGCAGGAGGUUCCUGCGACCAACUUGACGGAACUGGGUUGGAAGUCGCUUGUAAUGGCGGCGGAAGUCGGCGACCGUGUGGGAGAGUCUUCCUGCAGAGCUGCAUGAACUGCCGAAAGAAACUUUGUGGCGAACUUGAACGCACCACCAUGGCAGCCUGCGGGCGAAGGAACCGAUCCAAAGUUCUCUUUCUGCUCUUCGGAGCCACUUUGGUGGGCUACCUUAUCUUCUCCAGACACGGGCCCGCGGACGUGGACUCCACGUACCGGCGUGAGGCCCCGGGAGAACCGGAGCUGGGAGAGGAGGAGCUGCAGAAGCCGGUUUACCAGAGGCCACCGCUGGAUUUGAACGCCCCGGGUGAGAUGGGGAGAGCUGUCAAGCUGAAUCUGAACGAAGAGGAGAAAAGAAAAGAGGAGGAGAGCAUCAAACUGCACCAGAUUAACACGUAUGUCAGCGACAAAGUGUCACUCCAUCGGAGACUUCCUGAGCGGUGGAAUCCACUCUGCAGGCAGCUCAAAUAUGACUACAGGUCUCUUCCCUCCACCUCCGUGGUCAUCGCCUUCUACAACGAAGCUUGGUCCACGCUGCUCCGGACCGUCCACAGUGUCCUGGAGACGUCCCCCGACAUCCUGCUGAAGGAGGUGGUGCUCGUGGACGACUACAGCGAUCGAGAUCAUCUGAAGGAGCCACUGGAGAGGUACAUUGCGGGUUUGAAGAAAGUGCGGCUGAUCCGAGCCACCAAAAGGGAGGGGCUGGUGCGUGCCCGGUUACUGGGGGCAUCCAUCACCACCGGAGAGGUGUUGACCUUCCUGGACUGUCACUGUGAGUGUCACGACGGCUGGUUGGAGCCUCUGCUUCACAGAAUCAAGGAGGAGCCAUCUGCAGUCGUGUGUCCGGUUAUCGACGUGAUAGACUGGAACACCUUCCAGUAUUUUGGGAAUUCUGGUGAGCCUAACAUUGGGGGCUUCGACUGGAGGCUGGUGUUCACUUGGCACCCUGUUCCGGACACGGAGCGCCAGCGCAGAAGAUCACCCACUGAUGUCAUCAGAUCCCCCACUAUGGCCGGAGGUCUGUUCGCUGUCGGAAAGAAGUACUUUACCUAUCUGGGGACCUACGACACUGGGAUGGAAGUGUGGGGCGGAGAGAAUCUGGAAUUCUCUUUCAGGAUCUGGCAGUGUGGGGGCAGCCUGGAGAUCCAUCCCUGCUCUCAUGUGGGUCACGUGUUCCCUAAAAAGGCCCCCUACUCCCGUAGCAAAGCUCUGGCAAACAGCGUGAGGGCAGCUGAGGUCUGGAUGGAUGAAUACAAGCAGCUCUACUAUCACCGGAACCCACACGCUCGCCUGGAGGCCUUCGGUGACGUGACAGAGAGAAGGACGCUGAGAGAGAAGCUGGGCUGUAAAGACUUCAGGUGGUAUCUGGAUAACGUGUACCGCGAGAUCCACAUCCCAGAGGAUCUGCCCGGCAGGUUUGGAAUGCUGAAAAACAGGGGAAAGGUCGACUACUGUUUCGACUACAACCCUGCGAGUGAACACAUGGUGUUUGGUCAGAGAGUGAUCAUCUACCCCUGUCACGGCAUGGGCCAGAACCAGUUCUUUGAGUAUUCCUCUGAAGGAGAGAUCCGCUACAACACCAGGGAACCGGCCGGGUGCGUCGUGGGUGAUAAUAUCAGCACUUACCUGAUGGUGCAGCCGUGCAGGAAACGAGGGCAAGCUGUGUUCGCCGACCAGAAAUUUCUCCUCAGAGAGGACGGGACCCUUUUCCACGUGAUGAGUGAGAAGUGUGUGGAGGCCGUAGACACCACCGACAAUGGGACCCCUGCGCCAGCACUGCGCCCUUGCUCCAGCAGUCCUCGCCAAAAGUGGUACUUCCAGGAGAAAAUAUGAACCGUACACGAGAACGUCUCUCUUGUGGCCCAGGUGGGGACGAGAGCUUUGUUUUUUUCGUGUUUGCACGGUCAACCACAGUGAUGGGAUGUUUGUGUGCAUCUAUUUAUAUUCUAUUUCCUGGAUGCUGGAAACCUAAGUGGAACAUUGCUUGAAAAUGAAGCACAGUCCUUCCUCGUGAAGUCAAUUGGAACUGAAAUUGUGUCUAAAUAAAAUCUUGAAGUCCAGCAGCUUCUCCAGUAGAGGGGGCUCAAGAUCCUCCUAACGCCUGUUCUUUGCUGACGCAUAUGUGCUGCAAAAAAUAGUCCGUUUUUUUGCACUUGUUUUUCUUUCACCACGGAGAAAACUAUUUUGAGACUGAUUAAAAUGUAGCGGCUGAUUGUCUGUUAGAAAACGCUCUGACGCUGGUCUCACCCGUAGGAAUUUGAGGCCUACACGAGGUGCCUUGUUGUGACUGUCAUUUCUCUCAGUUGUGAAAGUGGAUGACUGCUUUAUGAAUAUUAUUUUAAUCCAAGAGAUUAUUCUGCGAGUCUGUGGCGGUGUUGUCUGUUUAAUGGGUUGGAAUUCAUCCGUCAGAGUGGGACGUCUGUGCGGAGCUGCGCUCACUUGUGUGUCCAGUCCCCGAGGGGCCCGACGGUUGUUAGUGUCUCCUGAGUGCACAGGGGCCAGACGGCUGCCUGAUUGAUUCCCUGGUCCUCCCCCAGUCCUUCAUCGCCCGCACUUCCUGUCUGACAGAGGGGGCUUCCUUUAUCUUUUGGACCCUUGCCAGCCAAAUCUCUAAAGGAAUCACUGGGGCAAAUGUGACACACCGCCGUGGUGAGGGACCAGGAGCAGUGUGUAGAUCACUCUUUCUUCUUGUGGAGAAGAAUCGCACAACAGUGGAUCUUUGAGGCGUAAAAGAAGGACAAGAGGAUUUAUAGUUGUGAUAAUGUUCAUGCACAACCGUGACCCUCCAGUUGGAGAAAAAGAUUUGCUCAAAAGUGAGUCAAAAGAUUACCACAAAUGUGUAACUUUUACCUAGAAUAGAAUAGAAUAGUAUUCUUGGGGGCAAAAAAAGUGAAUGUUUAAUGCAUCAUUUGCUUUUUAUGUUCAAUAAUAUAACUGCAAAAACUGAGUUUUGUCAAAAUGUAACGCACGUGAGCUAGUCGGUUCAUGUACACAACAUUGUUCAUUCAGAAAUUCAGUUUUAGAAGCAAAAAUUAUAUACUGCAACACUCAUGUUCUGGAAAUGUGUCUUCAAAUACAUGCAAAAUGCGCAACAAAAGAUUGACUGUUCCCAUUAAUAACAGGGCAUUUUUGCUAACAGCAGUUUGGCUUCUUAAAAGCAUCAGUGAGUCCCCAAAGUAGAUUGUAGGUUGCUGUAAAGCAGCACAGCAUCACACAACAAAAUGCUCUCACUUCAGCAACAGUGGAAAGUAAUUUGUCAAAUAUGUGUCUUAAUGUAAAAAAAACAAAACAAAACUGGAUUUGUCCAGAAGAAAUGGAUGAAGAAGAGGACAUGAGUGUGAUUUUAACUAAACAAAUGUGGAACUUAAGCGUUUCUGUCACCAUAAAAUAACUAAGAUACGAGUUGCAGACAUGUUUGUAAAAUUGUAGUAGUGUUAUACUUUUGUACCCAUGUAGUCGUACAACAAGGUACACAAGUGCAACACUGCGCUCAAGUACCAAUAACAGCCCACAGUUAUGCAACUCAAGAAGUCUACUUUUGCCUUUUUAGUACAACAACCUGCCCACAGCUUAUGUUGGACGUUUCUGUGCGAGCACAAAUUCCUAGUUGAGCUGGACUGACCUUCUCCAAUCUGAAAACACUGCUCUUGUUUCAGUAAACACACUUUCAUACUCAGAUUUAAGUUUGCCUCCACAUGGUUUUGUGGCAGCGCAGUUUUUGGCAGCGCUGAGUAACAUUCACCAGUCUCAGAAGAGCACUGGUCACUAGCUCUGAGAUUCAGCUAUUGAUUCUUCUGGUUUUCUCUCCGCCACAAUAAAAGUCCAGAAGAAGUGUUGGAAGAGAGGGAGUCCCCUCAUCCGGCAAAUAAAACUGAGAUUAUUUAUAAUCCAGGGAUCUCGCAGAAGUAGCACGAAGAGAUUACAAUUCCGCUGCUGCAGUGUGUUGAAAAUCGGAGCAGGAGAUCCGUCAGAUUUGGGUCUAAUCUGUCGUUUUUUAAGUUUGCUGUGUGAGAUUAAGGCGUGAUGUGUGGACGGACUAAUAAAUGAAAUGGACUGUGUCACCAGUGAGGAGAUCACACUCUGCAGAGAGAGAGAGAGAGGAGAUGGACUGCUGUUUUGCUAUUCCGCUCAUCUGCUGCAACACCUGCUGAAUAUGUGAAAUGGGCACUUUUUUUGUGCGUCCACUGUUGAAAAAUAAUGUCUGUGGAGCCCCAGUGUGCUGCAUUGCAUCAUCCCCCUCUUGUUCUCCAACUCCUGUCAGACUGUUUUGAAUGAGGACUGAACGUUUGUUGAACAUGUUGCUGGAAUUCAACACUAUUUUUGGUCUUUUCUGUUUCUUUGUGUUUCAUGAUGUUGACAGAAAAUGAAGGAUUGUUUGACUUGGAUUUCUAUGUACUUUUUUUUUACUGUCAAGAUAAUAAAUUCACGAAACAAUGUCAAUGUCAGAUGGUGUUCAUAUUGUUUUCAAUUAAUUUGUAAAUCAGUGAAACACCAUUUAUUCAAAUAGUGGACUGAAAUGAGAAAAACCUCUCUGACUAAUAUAAAAUAUUUUUAGUUCAUUGUUAUUUAGCUUUUAUUAUAUGUUAUAUAUACUACCUUGUAGGUGGCCCCCUGUGUAUUUAUUUAAAGAAUAUCUCGCCACAAAAAAAUCAUUCAUGUGAAGUGAAGUAUAUAGUGAAAGUAAGUAUAUAGUGAAACAUUUUGUAUGUUUGUAUGUUCCACACAAAUCCAUUCAUCAUAAUUUUUUUUGUGAUCUGUCA